CCUUUCUCUUUCCUUGAGCUGCACCAUCACCAGCCAGCACUUUUCUCAAUUCUACUGUUUUUCCUCCCCCUUUUUCUCAUGGCAAUUACACCAAUUCCUUGAACGAACACCAAAACAAACCAUCCAUUUCACCCUCAUCUCUUUAUCCCACUCAGCUUCCUCAUCUAUAAUUACGCCACAUGCUUAUCAAAUCUUAGUAUUUUAAUAGCUAAUUGCUGCGCUAAUCUCAGCGAUUCUCUUUCCUCGAAUCCCAACUCAUCUCUAUUAAACUGCAUUUUAUUUGUUUUUUCCAUGGAUGGCUCUCACUUUCCCCCACUCCCUCACAUUUAUUGCGUUUCUGAAGGAAUCACUGUCAGGAUUUGAACACUUGAAAGCCCCAAAUAUCUUCCCUUCUCUCCCCCUCUCCCUUCUCCAUCCUCCUGCUCACUGUUCCCGCAGUUCUCUGUCUAAUAAGUACUGUCUGCUCUACGGUCUGCGCUGCCCUCCAUAUUCGCUAUUUUAUUUACUUCACCUUUUUCCUCACCAAGUUUCCUAUAACAAAAGUGUCUGCUUUUGAUCCUCAAACCGCUUUUACUCUGUUUGGCUUACUGAACUGUACAAAGAUUUCUUCGGAAAUGGUUUGCUGUUUUUGCUGUACUCUUCCACCCUUCCCUUCUCUUCUCCUAUUAAACUCCCAGUUUCGAGGCGCACAAGCCAAGUUCUAAAACCUCUCUUUUCUGCCCCCCCAAAGCGAGCUGUUUUCAUGGAUUGGGAUUCGAAAAUGACUCUAUGUGAGUUGCCUGAAUUAGAGCAAAAUGAUGGUGAGGCAAAUUUAAGCCUGGAUUGCUCUGUUGAUCUCAAACUUGGGGGUUUGGGCGAUUUGGGAUUGGCUGAAAACUGGAAGGAACAAAGGAGAGCUUCGACUGCAAGCUCUUCUAAGAGGCAACGAGCACCGGGUAACAGCAGCCAAACUGUAUUCUGCCUUGUUGAUGACUGUAAAUCUGAUCUUAGUAGCUGUAAGGAGUAUCACCGGAGACAUAAGGUCUGCGAGCUUCAUUCCAAGACUCCUGUAGUGAUGGUUGGAGGCCAGGAGCAGAGAUUCUGCCAACAAUGUAGCAGAUUCCACUUGCUGAUGGAGUUUGAUGAGGUCAAGCGAAGUUGCAGAAAACGUCUUGAUGGUCAUAAUCGCCGUCGAAGAAAGCCGCAGGUGGAGGCAAACUCUGGGAACUUGUUUUCAAACCAACAUGCAUCCAGGUUUUCAUCCUACCCCCAAAAUUUUCCAAGUGCUGGAACGGAGGCAGCUUGGAAUAGCAGUGUCAAAAUCGAGGAAGACACACUCUACCCCCUGCUCCCACCGCCGAUAACUCAGUUUGUCGACAGAGUACCGCAGCCUCCCUCACAUCAUUUUGCUACCGUCUUCGAUCCGAACUAUGAAGAAAACAAGCAGUUCUUCCUCCACGACGGCCGUGACAUAGCCCACAGCAGCAGGAUAGCAAUUGAGCGAGCUACUGUCUGCCAGCCACUCCUCAAUACCAUCUCUUCUGCAGCAGAGAGCAGCACCAAUAGUAUAUUGUUCUCAGAUAGAUUAUCUCCGGUCUUCGACUCUGACUGUGCUCUCUCUCUUCUGUCAUCCUCAGCUCAGACCUCAUGUAUCAACCAAAGCCAUAUGGUUCCAGCGGAUAGGAUUCCAAUGGGCCAGCCUUUGCUCUCUAAUCUACACUAUGGUGUGAGCCUCAGUGGAUACUCUCAUUCACCAAUGGAGGAAGACCAUGUGGGAACUGUUCUGGUUCCAGAUUCUGCUGAAACUGAUCUCCAUUGUCAAAGUAUGUUUCAGGUUGGGGAUGAAGAGGCCUCAGAUUGUGCAUCUGAGUCCAUUCCCUUUUCAUGGCAGUAGAUCAUUAGAUGCUUGUAAUUAUUUUGGUUUCUUCAGAUUUCAGCUUUGUGUUCUUAUGUUUUGUUUGACUAAUGGACCAGAUUGUUUCCUUUUUGUUGCUGUAACGUCAAAAAAGAUCAUGUU